GUUUUUGUUUGACCUCCAGUUAUGUUACAAUAUAGUAGAAAAGGGAAGAAAGGGAGUGCAGGGGAGCAUGAGCACUAGGGAUGAGGACCACAGUUAGUUAGGAGGAAAAAGUAGUUUAAAUAGCAGAGAGUAGGGAGUGAGAAAGGGGGGAAUCAUUUUGAUAGUAAUUCUUCAUCCUCGAGAGAAAGGAGAGACAAAGGGAGGGUAGUUUGUUUUUGUUCUUUCUGAAUUUCGAUUACAGAGUUGAUACUUCAUCAAUUCUAUACCGUACUUACUUUGAUAUUUCCAAUUGAAUAAGAACAUAACUAGUUGGUGUUCUAUCAUAUUGGUAUCAGAGUGUUUUUACCUGGGAAAUGAUAAAAAAUGGCACAAAAGUGGACCAAAGAGAAGCUUGAAACCUUUGAUAAGGAAAGAUCGGGAAUGUGAGUAGAGUGACCUAAGUUGCCGAUGAUCGAAGAAAACUUGUUAUCCGUGGCGAAGAGCAUCGAAAGAUUGGUCAUCCAAGCAGAGAAACAACAACAGUUGUUGAAAUGUCUUGAAGGAAUAGCAAAGGAGAAAUCGACAAUCUUUGGAGGAGUGGAAGAAUGGUCGAGUAGAGGAUCGACGAUUGAGAGCAUCAUCGAAGGUGGAUGUAUGACGUUGAAGGAAAUCAAGAUAGAAGGUAAAAUGAACAAGUCUGAAGGAGAUGAAAACUCAAACGAUCGUAGUAAAUUCAAGAAAGUUGAAAUGCCAGUAUUCAGUGGCAGUGAUCUGGAUUCAUGGUUGUUAGAGCUGAUCGCUACUUCCAAAUCCAUAAACGGAGGGAUUAUGAGAAGUUGACCAUUGUUGUAAUUAGUUUUGAUGAAGCAGCGUUGGAUUAGUAUCGAUCAUAUGAAGAACGAGAUCCAUUCAAGGAUUGGGCAGAUCUGAAACAGAGGCUGUUAAUUUGAUUCCGGUCGGCGAGAGAAGGAUUAAUUUGUGGAAGAUUCUUGGCUAUUAAGCAAGAGAUAACGGUGGAAGAAUACCGAAAUUUGUUUGACAAAUUGGUAGUGCCAUUGCCUCACCUGCUGAAGGAAGUUUUGAAAGAAACAUGCAUGAAUGGGCUUAGUCCAUGGAUCAAAAUAGAAGUGGAAUGCUGGGAACCAGUGGGGCUUGCACAGAUGAUGAAGUUAGCCCAACACUUAGAAAACAAGGAGUUGAUGAGGAGGGAAGCGGGCUUAAAGAAGAACAUAGAAGGAGAAACUCGGCGCGGAGGACCAACUAAAAGACUAUCAGAUGCGGAAUUUCAGGCAAGAAAAGAGAAGGGGCUUUGUUUCUGUUGUGAACGAUACCACACAGGCCACUGUUGUAAAGUUAAAGAGCAAAGGGAAUUCAGAGUUUUGGUUGUUCGAGAGAAUGAAGAGGAAGUAGAAAUAUUUGAGGAAGAUGAUCACGAAGAAGAAACAAAGAUGAAAAUGCUAGAAGUUGAAAAGGGAGUAAAACCGGUCGUUGAGCUAUCAAUAAACUCUGUGGUUGGACUAUCUAAGCCAGGCACGAUGAAGAUGAAAGGAAAGAUCGAUGAGGAAGCAGUGAUAGUUCUGAUAGAUUGUGGGGAAAUGCAUAAUUUUAUAUCUGAAAAGCUGGUGACGUCAUUGAAUUUACCAAUGAUGGAAACUGCAAACUAUGGAGUAACCCUUGGAUCUGGUACAACUAUGAAAGGAAAGGGAAGGGAAUUUGUGAAAAAGUAGAACUAUUGCUGGUUGAAUGGAAGGUGAUUGAAAGUUUUCUUCCCUUAGAGUUAGGAGGUGUGGAUGUAAUAUUGAGAAUGCAAUGGUUUUACUCACUGGGGCUAAAUCGAGAUGGAUUGGAGGAAUCUGACCAUGACUUUCCAACGUGAAGGUUGUAAGGUAGUAAUAAGGGGAGAUCCUAGCUUGACUAAGGCCCGGGUGAGUAUGAAAAGCAUGAUGAAAUCAUGGUCUUCAUCUGAACAAGGGUUCUUAAUUGAAUGCAGGGCUCUGGUGGAAGAGAUACGUACAUUCAGUGAAUCAAUUUCGGUAUUGUUGGCAAAAUUCGAGGAUGUCUUUGAUUGGCCAAAGGAGCUGCACCGAAAGAGUAGUAUAGAACACCAUAUACACUUGAAGAAAUGCACUUAUUCAAGUAAUGUGAGAUCAUACAGAUAUGCCUAUCAACAAAAGGAAGAGAUGGAGAAGUUAGUUGAUGAAAUGUACGCAUCAGGGGUAAUCCGUUCAAGUACCAGCCCCUAUUCAGGUCCUGUCUUGUUAGUGAAGAAAAAGGAUGGUAGUUGGAGAUUUUGUGUGGACUACGGAGCAUUGAAUAAUGUGAAUUUCAGAAAAAUUCCCUGUUCUAGUUAUUGAAGAGUUAUUUGAUGAGUUGAAUGAGCUAAUAUGUUUUCAAAAAUUUAUUUGAAGACAGGCUAUCAUCAAAUAAGAAUGAGUAGAAAAGAUGUGGAGAAAACGACAUUUAAAACUCAUGAAGGCCAUUAUGAGUUCUUAGUCAUGCCAUUUGGGUUGAUUAACGCUCCAUCUACUUUCCAGUUGUUGAUGAAUACAAUCUUCAAACCACAUUUGAGAAGAUUUGUACUGGUGUUUUUUGAUGAUAUUUUAAGCUACAACAGAAAUUUGGAGGAGCACCUACAGCACUUAAAGUUGGUUUUCGAGAUUCUGCGAGAACAUGAAUUGUAUGCCAAUAUGAAAAAGUGUAAUUUUGCUCAAGCCAGGUUAGAGUAUCUUGGUCAUAUAAUAUCUGGAAAGGGAGUGGAGGUAGAUCUUGAAAAGAUUGGAGUAAUCAAAGAAUGGCCACCUCCAACAAACGUGCGAGAUGUAAGAGGAUUCUUAGGCCUUCGGGUUAUUAUAGGAGGUUUGUAUAGAAUUAUGGGAGUGUGGUUGCUCCAUUAACUCAAUUCUGAAGCUCGAAGCAUAUGACUGGAUAAAAGCACGGGAAGCCUUUGAGAUGUUGAAAAACGCAAUGACGACUUUGCCCAUAUUGGCAUUACCAGAUUUCAAUCUCCCCUUUAAGAUUAAGAUAGACGCAUCAGGGUAUGGGAUUGGAGCUGUGUUGAUUCAAGCAAAAAGACCAAUAGCUUAUUUCAGUCAUACACUAUCAAUGAGGGAUUGGGCUAAACCUGUGUAUGAAAGGGAAUUAAUGGCAAUUGUGCUAGCAAUACAGAAGUGGAGAUGAUGCUUGUUAGGGAGGAAGUUUGUUGUCAAGACAGACUAGCAUUUUUUUGAAAUUCUUGUUAGAACAGAGUUUGAUCCAUCCAUAGCAUCGGAAGUGGAUUACUAAAUUGCUAGGCUAUACAUUUGAAGUGGCCUAGAACCUAGACUUUAGAAUAAAGGUGCUGAUGCUUUAUCAAGGGUGCCACCCAUAGUGCACCUUGUUAAAAUUAGUGGGCUUAGCCCAUUAGGAGAUUUGCCCUAAAUAUAUUUAUAUAUAUUUUUAUCUUUUUAUAUUUUUCUAUUUAUUUCCCUCUUGUACUUAUUGUACUUUUAUCAGAAAAUAAUAAGAACAAAAUAUCAUGGUUUUUCUCC